AUGAUGUCCGCAAGUAUCUUCGCUCAACUCAAGGAGGCUUGGGACCUGUCUUUCCUGGAGACGCGCUCCUGCUCCGAGCUUGCGGCCAGCAUAUUUCUCUUUGCUCUCGCCCUGGGCUUCCUACGCGCAGUCUAUCUACUCUACUUUCAUCCACUAGCAUCCUUUCCGGGUCCAUACCAGGCGGCACUAUCCAAUUGGUGGCAAUACUCUCUGAGCAAGACUGGCCAACAAGAAGAGACACUUGAACAAUUGCACAGAUCAUAUGGCACACGAACACUCAGGAUCGGUCCAAAUGAGCUUCACAUUACUGAUCCGGCGCUCUACCGUACAAUUUACUCACAGAACUACGCCUUUCCUAAAUCAAAGUCCUUCUAUGAUGCUUUCGCCGCACACCACUCUGUGUUCGUUGAGAGCGACAAAGAGCUGCACCGUGUACGACGUAAGCUUCUCAGCAACUUCUUCUCGAAGACGCACAUAAGGUGCCUGACGGUCGAUCUCAUUACGCAAAUGGCUUUCGGGGAGUCCUUCAACUUGCUUACUAAAUCCGACGACAAUACUUUCGACGCUCCCUUCCACAGGUGCUUUGAUCAAGCCGCCGAGUCACUGUGGACCAUGCUAUACUUCCCUCCUCUCCGGACUAUCGCCUUCAAAUGCCCACCCAGUAUAGCCGCCAAACUCAGUACAUCAGCCGCAAAAUUUCAGGCUCUCAUCACCGCCACCGCGGAUACCGUAGCCAAUUUCCGACGCCUGAAGACUUCCGGAAAGACCUUCGACCAUGAACUCGUGUUCGAUUCUCUGGAACACCUGGACGAUGACCUUGUCUUAAGCGAAGCCAUCGAUACUUUGGUCGCAGGCUCCGACACCACGGCCUUCACACUCGCGACUGCUGUCCAACAGAUGAGCGAGGAUCCUGCAAUCUUCGCAAAGCUAAGGAAAGAAUUGCGCGACAGCGGUAUCAUGGCGAACCAAGAUCUCAGCCUCUUGAAACUAGAGCAGCUUCCAUAUCUGACUGCUUGUAUCAAAGAAGCAUUGCGCUAUGCUAUGCCCGUGCCAGGGCGACUCCCGCGUGUCGUACCGCAUGGAGCAAGGCCGCUCAUCGUCGACGACAAGAUCAUUCCACCUGGGACCGUAGUCGGCAUGUCUGCGUACAGCAUGCACUUUGACGAAAGCAUAUGGGGCGAAGACGCCAGAAGCUUUGUCCCCGCUCGUUGGCUGACUGGAGACGCAAAAGAGCUGGAGAGAUAUCUCGUAUCCUUUUCCAAAGGUGCAAGGCAGUGUCUUGGGAUCAAUCUUGCAUAUGCGGAGAUUACCCUCACGCUCGCCAUGCUGGUCAACAGGUUUCGCUUCGAACCCGACACCACGAUGACGGGAUCUGAUACCCGACGUCUGGACCACUUCACGUAUGAGUUUGAAGGCACUGGCGUUCGUGCUAUUGUCUAUGAGGAUUAA